AUGGAUUCCAUUUCUUUGUUAGAGAAGAAGCCUCAUGCGGUCUGCAUCCCAUUCCCUGCUCAAGGUCACAUAAACCCCAUGCUUAAACUUGCCAAGCUUCUUCACCACAAAGGUUUUCAUAUCACCUUUGUUAACAGCGAAUUCAACCACAAACGCCUGCUAAAAUCUAGAGGUCCUGAUUCCCUCAAUGGUUUACCUGAUUUCCAAUUCGAAACCAUUCCUGAUGGGCUUCCUCCUUCUGAUGUGGAUGCCACCCAAGAUACUGCCUCCCUUUGUGAGUCCACCACUAAGCAUGGCUUAGGUCCAUUAAGAGAACUUCUUGCCAGACUCAAUGAUACCUCUUCCUCCAACGUACCUCCCGUUUCUUGCAUAAUUUCGGAUGCAGGUAUGAGCUUCACACUUGCAGCUGCUGAAGAGCUAGGCAUUCCCGAAAUUUAUCUUUGGACCGCCAGUGCAUGUUCCUACUUGGCAUACUUCCAUUUUUCACAACUUAUUGACAAGGGUAUCACGACACUCAAAGAUGCUAGUUACUUGACAAAUGGGUAUCUUGAUACAGUUCUUGAAUGGACCAUUCCCGGAAUGGAAGGUAUUCGUUUGAGAGAUCUUCCAAGUUUCCUAAGAACCACAAAUCCAGAUGACUUUAUGCUAAAAUUCAUCCUACAAGAAACGGAGAGUGCUCAAAGGGCUUCCGCUAUUAUUUUAAAUACUUUUCAAGAAUUGGACCAUUAUGUAAUAAGUUCUUUUCCAGCUUAUCUUCCCCCAAUCUAUCCCAUUGGGCCACUACAUGUCCUCGAGAAUCAGAUUGAUGAUAAGAGUCUAGAGGUGCUGGGAUCAAAUCUUUGGAAGGAAGAACCAGAAUGUCUUGAAUGGCUUGAUUCAAAAGAACCAAACUCCGUGGUUUAUGUGAACUUUGGAAGCAUUACUGUAAUGACACCUGAGCAACUAGUUGAAUUUGCAUGGGGACUCGCUAACAGCAAACAAACUUUUUUAUGGAUCAUAAGGCCUGAUCUGGUCAAGGGCGAUCUAGCUAUUCUUCCUGACGAAUUUGUGGAAGAAACCAAACAUAGAGGCUUGUUUGCAAGUUGGUGCAAUCAAGGGAAAGUUCUUAGCCACUCGUCUGUGGGAGGAUUCUUAACUCAUAGUGGAUGGAAUUCCACAAUUGAAAGUAUUAGCAGUGGGGUGCCUAUGAUAUGUUGGCCAUUUUUCUCUGAUCAACAAACCAAUUGCUGGUUUUGCUGCACCAAGUGGGGCAUUGGAAUGGAGAUAGACAAUAAUGUUAAGAGGGAUGAAGUUGAAAGUCUUGUUAUAGAGUUAAUGUCUGGAAAGAAAGGUAAGGAGAUGAAGAAAAAAGCCAUGGAGUGGAAAAAAUUGGCAGAAGAUGCUGCUUGUUGUUCUAGUGGUUCUUCUUCCGUGAAUUUUGAGAAUUUGAUCAGUCAACUGCAACAAUCCAAGACAUUAGACACGUUGGAAUCCAACCACGAUAAUGUUAAUAAUUGGCCUCAUUAA